UUGCAUUUCAACGAGAGCCGUGUCCAACUCACGACUUUCUGAUAAUGCUGCCCACGAUGUGUUUAAUUUUGUCUGUCCUCCUCUUAAGUGCGACCGUGUCCGAAGCACAAAUUCUGCGAACUGGGAGCCAAUGUCCCGAUCUUGUCAAAUUCCAAAAAACUUUUGACGCUCACGAGUUUUCCGGCACGUGGUACGAACUGAUCCGCACCAAGCGCUGGGUGGGUACCGAAAUCGAAUGUGUCACUCACAGCUUGCAGAUGAACUCAAUGUACAAUAUUUCCUACGAGACCUUUUCGUACAGUCCAGGAUUCCAGAAGCAAUUGUAUGAAUCAGGUGAUGUCACGGUGUCGAUUGCAAAGUACGGUGAUCAUGGACUGGAUAUCGUUUGUUUUAGUAUUCCAGAGUACGGCACAAUGAGCGAGCUGGUGCUCCUCGACACGGACUACACGAGUUUCGCAGUGCUCUGGUCUUGCGCACCAGCUGACGAGGAUUUGCAUUUCGAGAACACCAUGAUUUGGACAAGGGAUAGAGUGCCGAUGGCUGGCGCUCUGGCCAGGGGAUUAUGGGCUUUGGACGACAACAACCUCUCGCGCAAUUAUCUCGGAUACACAAAACACCGCAACUGCCCUGAGUUCACCCCUCGAGUACCUGAUCAGGAUUUUACAACAAUUACCUCUGCAAACACCAUGCCUGUCACAAUGUCACCGCCAUCCAUGGACACGAUGGUUCCAAAAUCAAUCACCACUGCCACCUCUAACGCCGCCACUACCGUUGCCGCACCCUCCCAAGCUCCAUCCAUGAAUUCCAGCCUGCCUCAAAGUACUGCAGCUCCAAAUGUACCGACCACAACAGCUCGUCCUCGCUGAUAAUUCUUACGUUAUUUGAAAUUGGUCUGAAAAACUGAAAAAUUACAAUACAUAGUAAGUUACAGCAACACUAGCUGCAAUUUGUGAUUUAAAUAAGGGUAAAUAA